AAUGUUUGACAAAAUAUUUCACCUAGCUAACAAAGCAAGGUCUUUAACACAGGUCAAACAAUUAAGAUAAUCACGAGCCAGAAGAGAGAAGGGUGGUAGAUUGUAACAACUGUCAAGGAAAAGAGUCUGAAGCAGAGAGAGAUAGAGAGAAGGUGGUAGUUGUCACAUGAUUUCCAACAGUUCAAAAGGGACCAGCCGCGUCUGCUUCCAUUAUGUAGGUUUAUUGCAAUUUAAAGGGAACAAGUAGUCUGUCUGAAUUUUGUUAUUCUCAAUAUUUCCAUUUUUCCUUUCCAAACCAAUUAGUCUUUCUUUCUACCAUCUUCAAUUUGUUCAGUCUGAAUUAAUUAUGUUGUGGAAUCAAUGAUUUACCACAAAGACAUCCCUAGCAAAAACCAGGCAUCAAUUUUCAUUUCCUAUCCCUUUCUUUCACACCCUACACCCAUAUGAUUCAGGACUAAUCCACUUCAAUCCCUUCAUGAAUUAUUCCUUAGUCUAGCUGGGCGAUGGAGCUUUCCGAAGAUGACUGAUUUCAAGAUAUGUUUGGAUAUGCAUCAUCUUCUUCUUAGACUUGGGAGAGAAAGACAUCAUCUUCUUAGAUGACCUGAAAUUCCAACUUUGUAAAGAACGAGAAAAGUCGAUUGGUUGGACGAAAAAACCCGUGCAACAACAAGUAAACAUGUCAGAAGGACAUGAGAUUCAUAACAAUGAGGAAAUUUCAUCUGGAUGUUCCCAGAAGUGCUCUUCAUUUGACUUGAAUGCAGAAGCUUGCAGUGACGAUAACACUAAUGGUAAUACAGAAGAUGGGUAUGAGCUCACAACAAACGAGAAUAAUGUUGAGAAAGUCAACGACGAGGGAACUUCAGGAAAUGGAAGUAGCAUUUCUAGAGAAGGAAAUGCCAGAAGAGGAACUGUGAGACAAUAUGUUAGAUCCAAGAUGCCUCGGCUUCGGUGGACUCCUGAACUUCAUCAUUCAUUUGUGCAUGUUGUUGAAAGACUUGGUGGUCAAGAGAGAGCAACACCCAAGUUGGUGCUUCAGCUAAUGAAUGUGCAAGGACUCAGCAUUGCUCACGUCAAGAGCCACUUGCAGAUGUAUCGAAGCAAGAAACUUGACGAGGCUGGGCAAGUACUAAGUCAAACGUAUAAGUGGAAUCAAAACCAAAAGUUACGUAGGUCUGUGAUACUGCAUGAGUCCAUGAAUCCUCAACAACAUCUAAAGAUGGGGAAUGGUGGAAUCAUUCUGGCAACUCAAUUCAACAAACAUUGUCAUUUUCCAAGUCUCGUGGACACACCCUUUCCCUUGUCACCAUCCCAUACAAAUGACACUGAUUCAAGGCAGCAGCAAUGGUACAUCAAUCAUCAAACUUUUAGAAAAUCAAUAGCUUCUGGCCAUAUUCAGGCAAAGGAUACAACUACGAGACCAAGCAAAUUGCUUGAAGAGAAAAGCUGGCUUCCGUUAGAAAUUAUAAGCAAUCAUCAAUCCAAGUUCCAGAAGUUACCUGCCACUGUAGCUCCAAAAAAUUAUGGAUCACAAGCAGUUCAGCUAGCUGAAUGGAGCUUCGUGAACAAAACAAGCGUCACAGAAUAUUUAUCGAACAAAUCCAAUGAACCUCGCAACUAUUCCAACAGUUUAAAGCUACAAUUUGAUCCACCAUUUCGGAUUAAGAAAGACGAACAAGAAUUACCUAAUUUGCAACUGGGUUUGAGUUACACAAUUGCAAGCGAUGGUGACAAGAUGGAUCAUUAUAAAGAAACCCAAGAAAUCAGCACCAAGCUUUCACUUUCUUAAUGUUAAUAACCCAGAGCCUAGCUAGCUAAUUAUAUAAAUAGAGAGACCAUAUAUUCAAAAAAGAAUAGAUUCACAAGAUCGACCAAUGUCUGUACAAGACAUGGGGGACAUGUUAGUGCUUUUUAAUUUGAAUCUACAUAGGAUCUGCUUGUGAAAGGAAUUGUUUCAGGAUUGACCAUGAGUUAGAAUUAUCCA